AUGAAACUCGAUUAUAUAAAUGCGAUAAAAGAAGAAAAUGGAGGAUAUAAUUUUGAAAACCUAAAGAGAAAUGAAAUUUUGAAGGAAAAGGGAGUAACAUUCCCAACAUUUCGAAAAACAGGAACAACUAUUUGUGGAAUAGUUUGUCAAAAUGCAGUUAUAUUAGGAGCCGAUACACGAGCAACAGAAGGGCCAAUAGUUGCAGAUAAAAAUUGUAGUAAAUUACAUUACAUAAGCAAAAAUAUAUAUUGCGCAGGUGCAGGUGUGGCUGGAGAUUUAGAGCACACUACAUUAUGGCUACAACACAAUGUUGAGUUACACCGUUUGAAUACAAAAACUCAACCUAGAGUAGCUAUGUGUGUAUCGAGGUUAACUCAAGAAUUAUUUAAAUAUCAAGGUUAUAAAGUAUGCGCAAUAGUAUUAGGAGGUGUAGAUGUUACUGGACCACAGCUAUAUGCUAUAAGCCCUCAUGGGUCGUCUUGCCUCUUACCAUUUACAGCUUUAGGAUCAGGAUCUUUAAAUGCUAUGACCGUUUUAGAGGCAAAAUAUAGAGAUAACAUGACAAUAGAAGAAGGAAAAGAACUUGUGGCUGAAGCAAUAUGUGCAGGUAUCUUUAAUGAUUUAGGUUCUGGUGGAAAUGUAGAUAUUUGUGUCAUAACAAAAGAUGGUACACAACAUAUAAGACCUUAUAAACAACCAAACCCUCGAUUAUAUCAUUUAGCACAUCCAACUAUUUAUCCAAAGGGAACUACACCAAUUUUAUAUGAAAAAAUUGAAAACAUUAAAAAAUAUAUUACCAUAGAAGAUGCAUAA